AAUUUUGGAUGAGCAGAGUUCGAAGUUCAUUCCGGCUCACUCUCCAACAGCACAACAACAGCUUAAAAAGAGUCACUGCAUUGCAUUACUUAUUUGAUUCUUCUUAUCAUCAAAAGUCCAGUCUUCAUCGUUAAUUGGCCAAUUAAUACUAACUAAGAAAUACACUAAUUUCUUCAACGGGAAAUUGCCAGAAUGGGUUUGUAUCGAGUGACCAGAACGGUCAAAGGAGUAUCUACUCUGGCACUUUUGCGACGACAAUUUUCUAGAAGCUCCACCAUGAGUCUAGGAUCACAUAUUAAAGUAAAUAUUAAAAACGGUGUCGCAGUUGUUAAAGUAGACUCUCCAAACACAAGGGUGAAUGUCUUAAAUGAAGGGUUGAUGACAGAGGUUAUCGAGGCUAUGCGGGAUAUUCAAUCAAACCCAUCGAUAACUGCUGCUGUUGUGAUAUCAGGAAAACCAGGAAACUUUAUCGCGGGAGCUGAUAUCAUGAUGCUCGAACGAUGCAAAACAGUCAAUGAGGCAGAAACAAAAUCGCGUGAAGGGCAGCAAGUCCUUGAUGGAAUCGCUGCCUCUAAAAAACCGAUUGUUGCUGCUAUACAAGGAUCUUGUUUGGGAGGAGGUUUAGAGGUUGCGCUAGCCUGCCACUAUAGAAUAGCUGUUAAAGAUAAAAAGACUGGACUGGGCGUUCCUGAAGUCAUGCUGGGUCUUCUUCCUGGUGCCGGAGGUACUCAGAGACUUCCAAAACUCGCAGGACUGCCCAAUUCUCUGGACAUGAUGCUCACUGGAAAAACAUUAAAAGCAGAUAAAGCUAAAAAGUUUGGCAUUGUCGAUCAACUUGUGGACCCCCUAGGCCCUGGAUUGGAUAGUCCCGAAGCACGAACAAUGGAGUAUUUGGAAGAUGUGGCGGUUAAAGCUGCUGCUGAUAUUGUUAGUGGAAAAAUCAAACUUGGGAAGAAGAAAUCUAUCACUGAUCGAGUCACUGACUUUGCUUUUAGUACAAACUUUGUAAAAAAUAAAGUUUUUGAAACUGCCAAAGGGAAAGUGAUGAAACAGACUAAGGGACUGUAUCCAGCUCCAUUAAGAAUUCUGGACGUUGUUCGAACUGGACUUGACAAAGGGGCCGUGGCCGGUUAUGCUGCUGAAGCCAAAGCCUUUGGGGAAUUGGCGAUGACGCCUGAAGCUCGUGGUCUCAUUUCUCUUUUCCAUGGACAAACAGAGUGCAAGAAAAACGCGUUCGGAGAACCAAAGAGGCCUGCCAAAAAUCUGGCUAUAAUUGGUGCCGGGCUCAUGGGUGCUGGUAUUGGUCAAGUGUCCUUAGACAAGGGUUAUCACGUUACUUUGAAGGACGCAACAGAUGCCGGUCUUUCUCGUGGCCACAAUCAAAUUACCAAAGCUUAUGAGCAAUCAGUGAAACGAAAGCGAUUUACCACUGCCGAAAUGGAGAAAUAUCUUUCCAAUUUAUCAAUUCAAUUGGACUAUAAAAACUUCCAAAACGCAGAUAUGGUCAUUGAAGCUGUCUUUGAAAGUAUUGAAGUUAAACACAAAGUCUUGAAGGAAGUCGAAGCCGUUAUUCCAGAACAUUGCAUUUUUGCAUCCAACACUAGUGCCCUUCCAAUUACAAAAAUUGCUGCUGCAAGCAAACGUCCUGAAAAAGUUAUUGGGAUGCACUAUUUCAGCCCUGUAGAUAAAAUGAUGCUAUUGGAAAUUAUCACUACAGAUAAGACUUCUCAAGACACAAUUGCAUCUGCUGUACAGGUCGGUCUCAAGCAAGGAAAAGUCGUUAUUGUUGUGAAGGAUGGACCGGGAUUCUAUACCACGAGAUUGGUUGGAGCAUAUGCAAGCGAAGUUACCAGGUUGCUUUUGGAAGGGAUUGAUCCUAAGCAAAUUGAUAAAUUGAGUACUGACUUCGGUUUCCCAGUUGGAGCUUGUACCCUUAUUGAUGAAGUUGGAAUUGACGUGGGAUGUCAUAUUGCUCAGGAUUUUGCUAAAGUUUUUGGCGAUCGAUUCACCGGUGGUAUUCCUACAAAUCUACUUACUGAUUUUGUUGCUGGAGGAAAUCUGGGACGAAAAUCAGGGAAGGGAUUUUUCAUUUACGAGGAAGGUCAUAAAGGCGAAAGACCACUUAACCCUGCCGCUACCGACCUACUUGCCAAAAAUAAGAUUCCUGCAAAGGGAUCUUUAGAACCUGAAGAUAUCAAGUUAAGAAUGGCUUCGAGAUUUGUAAAUGAAGCAGUUUUGUGCUUGCAGGAAGGAAUCCUUCGCAAUCCUUUGGAAGGAGAUGUCGGUGCUGUAUUUGGGUUAGGAUUUCCUCCAUUUACAGGUGGCCCUUUUCACUGGGUAGAUAGAUUUGGCGCAGGGAAUUUGGUUAAAAAGAUGAGAGAAUAUGAAUCAGCAUAUGGUGCGACCUUUACUCCGUGUCCCAUGUUGGUAGAGUAUGCUUCUAAUAACAAAAAGUUUUUCCCGUAAACGUAGCGACAUGACAAAAAUUGGUAGAGAAAUAUUUUUCAAUUAAUGCGCUAUUAAUUAUGCUUUGUCGUGUAAGAAGCGUCUAAAUGUAUCUACAUUAUUAAAAUCCCUGUCGAAUAUUGUGUGGAAAUAUAUGUUUAUUAAGAUCUAUUAUUUAUGUAGCGAAAUGAAAGUGAAUACAAAUGACAGACAUUUAAAUGUA